UGGAUUUUGAGGCCAAGCAGCAGUACACUCUACAUGUGAUAGUAACGAAUAAGGCUUCCUUUGUGGUCUCCACCCUUGCUACUUCUACAGCCACUGUCACUGUGGAUGUGCUGGAUGUGAAUGAAGCCCCCAUCUUCGUGCCUCCUGAAAAGAGAGUGGAGGUGUCUGAAGACUUUGGCGUGGGCCUGGAAAUCACAUCCUACACUGCCCGGGAGCCAGACACGUUUAUGGAACAGAGGAUAACGUACCGGAUUUGGAGGGACACUGCCAACUGGCUGGAGAUUAAUCCAGACACUGGUGCCAUUUCCACUCGGGCUGAGCUGGACAGAGAGGACUUUGAGCACGUGAAGAACAGCACGUACACCGCCCUCAUCAUAGCCACAGACAACGGUUCUCCUGUCGCUACUGGAACAGGGACGCUUCUUCUGAUCCUCUCCGAUGUGAAUGACAAUGGCCCUGUACCAGAACCUCGAAGUCUGGAGUUCUGCCAGAGGAACCCACAGCCUCAUGUCAUAAAUAUCAUUGAUCCAGACCUUCCCCCAAAUACUUCUCCCUUCACAGCAGAACUAGCACACGGGGCAAGUGUCAACUGGACUUUUGAUUACAAUGACCCAGCCCAAGAGUCUAUCAUUUUGAAGCCAAAGAAAACUUUAGAGUUGGGUGACUAUAAAAUCAAUCUCAAGCUCACGGAUAAUCAGAACAAAGACCAAGUGACCACCUUAGAGGUGUAUGUGUGUGACUGUGAAGGAGCUGCCACCAUCUGUAAGAAGGCGCAGUAUAUCGAAGCGGGAUUGGAAGUUCCUGCCAUUCUGGGGAUUCUUGGAGGAAUUCUUGCUUUGCUAAUCCUGAUUCUGCUGCUCCUGCUGUUUCUUCGGAGAAGAACAGUGGUCAAAGAGCCUUUACUGCCCCCAGAAGAUGAUACCCGGGACAAUGUUUAUUACUAUGAUGAAGAAGGAGGUGGAGAAGAAGACCAGGACUUUGACCUGAGCCAGUUGCACAGGGGCCUGGAUGCUAGGCCUGAAGUGACUCGCAAUGAUGUCGCACCAACCCUCCUCAGUGUGCCCCAGUAUCGUCCCCGCCCUGCCAAUCCUGAUGAAAUUGGAAACUUUAUUGAUGAAAACCUGAAGGCGGCGGAUAGUGACCCCACAGCGCCCCCUUACGACUCUCUGCUCGUUUUUGACUAUGAAGGAAGUGGCUCCGAAGCGGCUAGUCUGAGCUCCCUGAACUCCUCGGAGUCAGACCAAGACCAGGACUAUGACUAUCUGAAUGAAUGGGGCAAUCGCUUCAAGAAACUGGCGGAUAUGUAUGGAGGCGGUGAGGACGACUAGGGGACUCUAGAGAUGGGUCCCGGAAUUGGUGCGAGGAGAAGCACAGAAAUAAUGUUGCUGUGGUUCUUCAGCCUCCCUUCCCUUGAGAUGAGUUUCUGGGAGAAAGAGACUGGUCAGUGAUGCAGUUAGAAUAGUUACGGUCUCCACUUUACAACUCGAAUCUGUGUGUGUUAGGAAGAAGACGUCUUCCUGGAAUCUUCUUUCUCCUUUCAUU